CCAAGCCAAAGCAAGUGAACAGGAAGAACAGGACAGCAAAGUUGACGGGCACUGAGUAAAAGGUGUGUAGAGAGGUUGAGAGUCAUAGCUGAGAGGCCUGCUCAAAACCUACAGGCUCCUAUUCACAGGCGGUGCUACAAGCCAGCGCAGCAGUACAGCCAUGAGGACUAAUAUCGAGCUUGCUGAAGAGAGUACAACACCCCUAAAUCCAGCAAAACGAGUUGUGGACAGGCCUGGGAAACACAGGAAGCCCAUGACAGACACGAAACCACAGAGGAAAAAACAAUCAUGGAAAUUGAUCCUCAUCACCAUCCUCUGUGUACUAGUUAUUCUGGGUAUUCUGGCUGUAGCUGCAUAUUUCAUCAAGCAGCUGGUUGAAAGUAAAUACUUCUUCUGCUCCAAGUCAUUAAAAUUCAUUCCAAUAGCUGAUGCUUGCAAUGGCAAACCGGAUUGCACAGAUGGAGAGGAUGAGUCUAAUUGUGUGUCUAAAUUUGUAACCAAUUCCACAUUUCCUGUACGGCUGGUCUCAAAUCUCUCCAUGCUUCAGAUAUACAGUGCUGAUGAAAACAGGUGGAGAAGUGUGUGUGCAGAGGGCUGGACUCAACAACACACUCAGGUGGCCUGUCAGCAGCUAGGAUACACAGCUAAUCCUUCUUACAGUACAGUCUUAGUGGAUGACCUGUCACCAGAACUGAAGAUGUUUUUCUAUGAGGUGGAACCAGUCAGCACGCACACAAUUCAGUCCAAUGUCACCAAAAAGAAUACAUGCAGUUCAGGUUCAGUCAUCACUUUGACCUGCUCAGACUGUGGCCCAGAGGCACCAGCGAGCCGGAUUGUUGGGGGACAGGAUGCGGCAAUCGAGAACUGGCCAUGGCAGGUGAGCCUACAGUGGAGUGGCCAGCACCUGUGUGGAGGCUCCCUCGUGUCCCCAACCUGGGUCAUCACUGCGGCCCACUGCUUCUCUGGGAACAGGGAGGUGAGCAGAUGGUGGGUGUUGGCAGGCAGGACAUACAUGGGCUCUCUGGGAGGCUACUCUGUGAACAAGAUCAUUGUGAAUGGAGACUACAAUGCAGACGUCAGUGACUAUGACCUGGCCAUGAUGAGACUCAGUAAACCAGUCACAAUGGGAGUCUCGGUGAGACCAGUGUGCCUCACAACUUAUGAUCUGGGACUCAGAGGAGGAGCCCCACUGGUAGUGACUGGCUGGGGUACUCUGCAGGAGAACGGGCAGCCAGCCUCAACUCUGCAGAAGGCCAAAAUCCCUCUCAUUGACGAAGCUCAGUGUUCUGCAAUAUACGGUGCAAGCCUCACUUCCAGGAUGCUUUGUGCUGGGUACCUCCAGGGUAAAGUGGAUGCAUGCCAGGGGGAUAGUGGUGGUCCUCUGGUGUACUUUAAUAGUGAAUGGAUGUUGGUGGGUGUGGUGAGCUGGGGGGUGGGCUGUGCUAAAACAGGCUAUCCUGGCGUUUACUCGAAUGUCGGACAGAUGCUCAACUGGGUGUACUCUGUCAUGCAGCAAAACUCUUGAGCCAAAGCAAGAGGAUGCCAUCUCACUCAGUGGAAAACGCAUACAUAUCAGUGCAGUGCAAUCUAUGCAAUCUAUUUCCUAAGAUUGCUCUCAGUGCAUAAUAAGGACAAUAAUCCUAAAGGUUUGUGGUAGUUGCAUGUAUGCACUUGGGAUUUAAGAAUGUGUCCAAGUACCUUUUAUGUGUCAAUGUAAUGUCUCAGGGAUCUAACUUAGUAGAUUGCAGUAGUGGCCUAAUUUGUUAAACCCAAAGUAGUGCAAUACUUAAGUCUUUGUGCCAUGCUAUUCUCUGUAGCAACAGUUUGCCAUAGCCUUUGGGCAGCCAAGUAAACAUGCUGAUACUUCUACAGAUAUUUAUUACAUGAAAUCAUUUGACUGGAAACAGGAGGCCACUAAAACAACUUGCAGUGAUGUAGACACAUUUUAUAAAGAUCUCAUGACAUUGUGGUCUUCACAUUUAUGUUUACUGGGGUUUUUUUAUAUAUAUGCACUAGUGCAUUUUGGGUGUGUAUCAGCUUUUUUUUCUUUAGUAUACAAUAACAGACAAGAUUAAACAAGAUUGUUUGUUUUUAUUAUGCAAACCUUUAUUUCUUUUGUAGUUUAUUGUUUUUAUUGAUUUUACAGUAACUAACUGGUGCAUAGUCAUGGGGGUUAGAGAGCAUGAAGGUCAGUUACAGAGAAAGCUCUUAAGAAGGAGUGCGGGUUGCACACUAACUUUCUAGUAAAGCACUUUCAAGGGCUCAAAGACAAGAAAGACAGGACUUGUGGUUAAGCCAUUGUGCCAGUGUUUCCCACACAGACAUUCUUGCUCAGAGGCUCUAGUAGAGGGUGGACCCUUUUUCGGACUCAACAGAUGACCUGUGCCAUAAGGGAAAAGCUGUAGUAUCAUGCAUACAAUUUUGUUCCAGCACUGAAAAGCUAUUAUUAAAGUGUAAAAUGAAUACAUGUGAAUAACAUGUUGUUAAAAUUUUAAAACCGUGUCAUCUACUACCUUUAUUUGAUGCUACUGUGUAUGAUAAUUGGUUUAAGCCAUAAUAAAUUCAUCCUGGAACUGCUGUACAACUACUGGGCUUCAUAUUGGGACUGCAGUACAACUAUAUAGACGGCAGGGGGUGGUAGUGCUUUCUGAUGUGGAAUGUGUGGCGGGCUGAGCAGAGCUCACAUUCUGGCGGCUUGGCAGUGUGAGAAGGAGCUGCUCAGCCAGUAAAAUCCCAUCAACUAGUCUCAGUUUGUUUUGCUGAAGAACUGAUCACAUCUGGCGAGGAUAUUAGAAGAAAAGAAUAAUACAUUCUUGCACUAAUACGUUACACAUUAAAAAAUGCAAGUUAGAUUUUGUGUCGUACUAGGUCUAAGUAUUACAACAUAAUGUUGUCUCAUAAUGUAUUCCAAGGCUCUUGUUUUCCAGAGAGUUUGGGCCACUUGAAAGACCACAUUUCUUCUAUGACAAAAACACAAUAAAAUCAUUAUCAUGCUUAGUUCCAAGACAGGCUGAUCCAAAUGAAAAGCAUUUGGAUAGAUUUAAAAUAUGUCAACCCCAUAUGCCUAUGAGCCAGUGAGACAGUCAGUCUGUUGACUACAGAAUUGCUUCUGUGAUGCAGAACUGAGACACAUGUGACAGCAGUGCUGCACAUUGAAGUACUGCAGCUAUGCAGGCUGCCUCUAGCGCAGUCGCUGACCAGACAUAAACAGUUGAGCCCAGAGUACCUAGCCACACAAGGUGCAAAUAGGACAUAGGACAUAAUCAGUGGAGCUCAGAAAGAGCAAACUAUGCAAACAGCUACACCAUAAUGUAUAUCAAGGACACUGGACAUUGUUCUGAGAAAAUUAUGUGGUUUAAGCACAAUAAUAAAAUAACUGUUUAAAAAAGUACUUUCAGUUAAGGACAUAAAUGCUGGAAUACAUCAGCAUGGAUUUCAGACAUGCAGGCACUCAAAUAUCUUUUAACACUAUUGCUUUUUUGGAAGAAAAAAAAAACUUUUUAUAAUUUGCUUAUUAUGGAAUUUUAUCCUGUUACCUGAUGUUAUGCUAAGCCUAUAAUUGCUAAAACAUGCUUAAUUGAUUCACUUUAGAAAUUGUAUCAUGUAAUAUGAUGUUAUAUUAAGCAUAUUAAUGCCUAGGCAUACUUAAACAAUAAAAUAAAUAACAAGAGCAACAACAACAAAAGGGUUUAGUAGUGAAGAUACAUGGCAAUCUCUACUAUAGUCUCGGGGGUUUUUUUUCCAAAACAAUAUGCAUUAAUUUUUCAUCCAUAUUCACGCCAUACGAUUUUGAGUUGAUUUUGUAGUUUCUAAUUGGGUAUGGCAAUUGAGAUGGUACCAAAAGUAUCAUGAUUCUGAUGUUUUUGCAAUAGGUGAACUUAGAAUGAACUAGAGUUCCCCUGCCCACACAGAGAGCAAAUUAGGUAAAAUGAAAAGAAAAGGAGAGACAGAGAGAGACGGAUAAGACGAGAGAGGGGAAGAGAGAGAGACAGAGACAGACAAAAAGACUGAUAAGUAUCGUCUUUCUUCCUUCAGAGUUUCCACAUAGUUUUGAAGCCAUCAACAGCAGGGAUGGUUAAUGCCAACUAAGUCAAUAUAAAGGUUUUAUAUAAGACAUUGCACAUGACUGCAUUGGACAAACAGAACGGCACCAAAUCACUUGCAGGUUGUGCUGAAACAGUACAGCACAAACAUGUUUCGUAGUGUUUGCAAUCUAUGAAUUAACAUUCUGCAGUUAUUGCUGUCAUCUUAUAAGACAUGAGGUAAAGCAUAUAUCUGUCUUCUGUCCACAUGCUUCAGUUUGACAAAAAAGAGAACGAAACCCAUUCACCGUCAAAACUGAGCACAUGAUAAAUCAUUACGAUGGACUGAGGCUUGAAAACUGCUCUGUCUGCAGCAUCUCAAACAACUGAGACCACCAGAGCCCCUGAACUGAAUUCUGAUAGGCAUUCAAGUGUAAUGGAAGACAGUUAUAUAUGUGCACUUUAGAGAGAUGGCUGGACAGCAUAAUGUGAUACUGUGAGACUAUUAAAAGGAGUUCUGCUCUGCAUCUCAAUGUAAGAUUCAUCCUAGUUAUUCCAUGACAUUCAGAAUGUCUGCAAUACAUCCUAAAGUUACAUAUACCCUAUAGUUACAUUCUGUGCAGUGCAAUCUAUAUUUACAUGAGUAAAGUGCCCCAAAUUAUCAACAUAAAUCUCAGGGUACAUCUUGAGAAACAAAAAGUACAGCAUUACUCUCAUGGGAUGCCACCUCCCCCCCCCCCCCCCGCCCCCCAAGUCACGUGGUAUGGCACGGAGCGUGCAAGGGGGUUCACCCUAUUUGUAACUACGCCCUCCGUAAAUGCAUGCACCUGCAUAGGGUUACCGUUGUGUCUAUUUAAACCUCUGCUGGUGUAUGCACUAUGUUGGUCAUUGUUUGCUGAAGUCUGUUUAAACGUUUGUAUAUCCAUUGUUCAAUGUUAUGUAACCUGUGUAUAGUUAAAUCUAUCGUUAUGUCUGUCGCUAAUGUCAUGUGUGAGUGCUACCGUUAUUGUUCGUGUUUUACGUUAAUAAAUGUUUUACUCGAGGGAGUCUGUGCGUCCUGCUCCAUGCCUAUCAGCACUCAGGCCAGCAGCAAUGUGACAAUUACCCUGUAAAGUAAUACACUGAAGGGUAGUACCCUGGGGCAUUAGCCUGUAAGGUAGUACCCUGGAGCACGAGCCUGUAAGGUAGAACCUUGUAAUGUAGUACCUGGGGUAUUAGCCUGUAAGGUAGAACCUUGUAAGAAAGUACCAUGGGGCCCUAGCUUGUCAGGAUGAACAAUGUAUCCUUAGGCAUGAGGCCUUCCCAGUACACACUAAUGCCUAGGGUUUAUAAGGGGUGGAGCUUAUAAAAGUUAAAUUAGAAUGUUAAUAAAAUCUUCUUAAUUAGAAUCAGACUAGAUAAGAGCAAUAAGCAUCAAUUUAAAACCAUCAAUAACUAUUUUUAUUUUAAAGUUAACAGUUAUUUCAUUUAAAAGUAAAUGUACCUAUACAAUUAAUCUUGUUUAAAUAUACUUUUUAAAAAUAGACUUUAACUAAUUUAAUUACAGUGCUCCAGGUGUGCUCAUUUAUUAUUAAUUUUAUACUACAUUUGCAUACUUCAUACUACAUUUAUAUUGUUUGCAAUUUUUAUUUUUUCAUUACUGGUGACUGUGAGAGCAAUGUUUACUUGUGUGCCCUCCAGUUGGAACAUUUAGAACCACCGACACAUCUUGGGUGGCUCAGUUUGUUGUUUGGCACUGAGUAUUUUGGAGAGGUUUCAAAAAGUUGCUUUGAUUUGGAAUCACAGGACAAAUAACUGUUCACAAAAUGCUACAACCAAAAAUCUGAUCAGCUCUUGUAGGUUGUUUUGAUGAAUGAAUUAACUAAUUAAUUGCGGGAGGAAGUAAAUUCAGGGAACUUGGAGCUGCUUCACUCACUGGUCCAUUUCUAAGCUUUUAAUUUUCUAAUGUUCUAGUGUUCUAAUUUUAUAAUAUUUUUAAUGUUCUAUGCCUAUUAAAGCAGCAGCAGGUACCAGGUUUACACUGUACUAGGGGCUCUAACCCAAUUCUCUCACGUCAGCAACCAUGUACUGGGUGUUUUAAUGUGUUUCCUUCUCCAGCACAUCUAAUACAACUGAUCAGCUUUUUCUUCAUUUGAAAUGGAUUUUUUUAGAGGGGGAAAAGCUCUAAAAUGUCCAUUACAGAAGUACACUAAGAUCAUGAUUGGGAAACAGUACAUUAGGCUAAUUUUAGGAUGUGACACUGUAAAUAACAAAUCCUGUAAGACUGAGCCAUGUUCUGAGCCUGGACAUAUGGAGAAGGCUGAAUGAAGACUCAGCUUGGCAUGAGCAUUAAACAGUACAUGUAGACAAUUAUUCACAUGCUCCUUUUUUCAAUGUAUUGAUUAAUAUGUUAAAAGCAGCAUCAGAAAGGAUCAUUCUCAUUUUUUGCAGGGAGAUGUUUUUUCUUUGUAUGCUAAACAGUUAUCUUUAUAAGAAGCUUUUUUUUCAUAGCAGUUAAAAGCUCCUCAGAAGCAAAGAGGAGUUAGAAGCGUUUGCAGGCACCUGUGUUUUAUCUAAGCGGGAUGUCAGACUGUACUGUCCUAGACAUUCAUGUACUGAAACAGUUUCUCCUCCUUUACCAUACCUAUUUUAAACUGAUCAGCUAAUAUCAGUCAUGAAUAGUGUGAACUUGACACAGCAGGGAAAAGCUCUAACUGUGGAGUGGAUGGCUUUUGUUUCACCCCUCUGGUCUAAAAACAAACAAGCAAAAAA